UGCCUCUGACCAGGUGCAAAAGUCUUGACUCCCGAGUGCAAGGCCUCGCGCAGGCCGAAGCGCUGCGUGAAUUAGCGGUGGAUAUACUUCGUACGGGUGCCUGUUUUGCCUGUUACAUCGGCACUGAUCAGCCCGUGCCGGUUUGAUGCCAAGGCUUGCUGAAUGGGGUACCAACUCACAGGAAGCAGGCCGCUCGGUAGCCUAAGAUGAAGCAAGUCCUACUUGUCCGAGAGCCGUCCUCUCGACUGGCCGAAGGUCAAGUGUCGCACAUCGCUGACCAACGCGAUGCAGUAGAUGCAGUGGAAGCGCGCGCACAGUGGGAAAGCUACAUUCGCACUUUCCAAUCGCUCGGUUGGGAGAUCGAGAAAGUAACUCCGAGCGACAAGAGUCCUGAUGGCGUCUUCAUUGAAGACCAACUCGUCUACUUUGCUGCUGCAGGCCACCGACCGCUGCUCUUGCAGUGCAGUCCAGGCGCGUCGAGUCGCAUAGCAGAGGUCCCAGGCGCUCAAGCUACCGCUUUCAAUCUCGCUCAAAAAUACGGACUCGAGCUAGCCACCAUUGCGGCGCCAGGAACGUUGGACGGAGGAGACCUGCUGAAGCUCGGGCAGUCUAAGCUCGUUUACAUCGGUCAAAGCGCGCGCACGAACUCCGACGGUAGACGACAGCUCAGAGCAUUGCUUGAGCCCCGCGGCUACACGGUCAAUGAAGUGCCCGUGACGAAGGCCCUGCACCUCAAAUCGGCCGUAACGGCAUUACCGGACGGUACGGUGAUCGGCUGGCCGCCCAUAGUCGACGAUCCUUCACUUUUCGCCAACUUUCUCGCCAUCCCAGAAGAGCAUGGCGUCGCUGUCGUCGUCCUUGGGGACCAUGAAGUCGUCAUGUCUUCCGAUGCGCCUCAAACUCGAGCGCUCUUAGAGUCAAGAGGCUUGAAGGUACACGCGGUGGGUGUUUCGCAAUUUGAGCUCCUGGAGGGAUGCGUCACAUGCCUGUCAGUCAGGCUUCGAUCGCUGCCAUGACGGUUCACGAAAGAUACAUCUCGCUGAUUCCGUGCGACCCCACCAAAGCGUACAAGCACGUUUGGGUAUCUGUAUCUACCGCCAUAUCCGAUCCUCCGUGAUUAUCAACCGUGCGUAUUGCCAGCAGUUGGCGCAAGGAUUCAUGUGCACGUGCAAUACACAUUUUAUUUAGGC